AGGUUGACACGUUUUAGAUCAAACGAUCCAGAGACAGUGCGAUUCUAUAAUUUUCGUACGAGUGCAUACGGGCAACCGGAAAAGCCUCCUUAACAAACCUAAAACCCUCGAGAAAACCCAAAAUAGCUAUGUUUGUAGCCGCUGCCAGGUCUUCCCUGCGGUCCACCGCCGCCAGCAGAGCCAACUUCUCCGCCCGAAUAACGGCUGGGCUCAAACCUAAUGCCAGACCCAGUACCUCUCCCUUUCGGGUCUCAAAACAGAGCCCCCUUUCUCAUCGUAUUUUCAGGUCCCCAGUGGAGAUGAGCUGCUGCGUCGAAACGAUGCUUCCGUUUCACACUGCCACUGCCUCUGCAUUGCUUACUUCAAUGCUCUCCGUUUCUCGUCAAAGCUACGGUUGGACCCCUGAAGAUUGCAAUGAUGAUGUAUGAUGAAUGUCAGAGAGUUCGGGAGAAGUUUUAUACAUCCGCUCUAAGACAAGGUGGUGAAAUAAAGCUUUGUAGCGGGAUUCUAGAGAUAUUUGCCUUUUAGAAAAGUUUAACAAGAUGCUGAAAUAAAAAUUUGUUAUUCAAGAACUUUAAGGAGCUAAGUUUAAGAUGGUUGCUUUUAAGUACUGUUGUGAUUCAAAUAGCUGUAUAUUAGAGUGGUAUUUAUAAUCACGGUAAUUACAUAUCCUCAGCAAGUACCUUUGCUUUAUAUUUUGCAUUUUUUUCCUUGAAGGAAGUAUGCAAUUGUCACCCAUGAUUGCCAUA